UGGAACAUUACAACCAUAUAAUUAUAACCAUACUGCCAGAAUAAAAGAAAAGUUUAUUUUAUAAAGUAACAAAUUUUCUCUUUGAGAUAAAGAUAUAUACAGACCGUAAAAUAAUUAGUAUGUUGAAUUACUCAUUAUUAUUUUCCUUGAUUAUCAAUUGUUUGACAUAUGAAUUCCUCUACUGUGAUUACCAUGUAGGCAAAUUUUUAUUUUUGAUAUUUGUAUGGACAUAAAGCUAGAAUGGAGAAGUUAGUAUCCAUUAUAUUACAAUAACCAAACAAAUUUGACUUUAUAUUUGUAAUAAGCUUUUCUGAUAUUUCAAAUAUUAUUAUAUGUUUCUAAAAUUUGUCAAUGUCUGAAACACCUUGUACCAUAUUAUCUUACAACGUUACGUUAUCUGAUUGUUUGUUAUUUUUAGUUUCUGUUGGAAGUGCGAUUGGUCUCUUCAUGGGUGCCAGUAUCUUAAGCAUCUUCGAGUUACCGUAUUGGUUAUUUGUUCGUCGAGACAGAAUAGCGUAAAAUCCAAAUCUUCAUGAAUUAAAGUAUUAGAACGUGGACAAAGAACGAUUUAUGUGACCGUGUCAGUUAUUGCUUUUUUUAGCGUUAAAGUUAGCUGUUGCACAGGCUUAGCAUGCGUAAUAGAAUGAAGAGACAGAGCAAACAUUACGAUGUUUACACGUACUCGAUAGUAGCGUAAUCCGAAUCAUGUGGCGCACAGAUCUUUUGUCUCGUUGCCGCUUUAUCUCAGCACUGAUUGUCGGUAAAUAUACACGCCAAAAAACAGGUACAAGUACCCUGUUGUAAAUUCAUCAUAGAUACCUACGGUCUAAAAAGGAAAGUAGCUUAUGGUUGAUGCUUAUAUAAAGAGGAUCAGUCGUUACGAUAGUUACUUCCUCAACCAUGUCAAAAUCAGAGCUGGAGGUUCGAAUCGCGCCAGAAUACUCGAUCAGCGGACAACAUCUAUCUAAUGUGGAUGCUUAUCGAAAUUUAUUCACCCUUCAAGAUGUACAAGCUUUAGUGAAACAUGCAACAGGCAGCAACACAGUGGUGCACAAAUUUUUCUUGAGAUCAUAUUCUGAUGGGAAGCUCGGAUUUUUGGGAUCACAUCAGAAGCUCAACGUGGAAGUCAAAACCGCAAAUGGGAGAGAGAUCCUGUCCUUCUUCGUUAAAGUCGUGCCGUACGAUGUACCCAGUCAAGCUGAAUACGUGCUUGAUAAAUGUGUCUUUCUAAAGGAGAAAAUCUUCUAUCGUGAUAUAUUUCCUCAACUGUAUCAUGAGUAUAAAGAUGAACCAUGGACUGCAACUUGUUUCUUGGUCAAGGAGAAUCUCCUGGUAUUUGAAGAUUUAGGUGUUAAAGGCUAUUCGUUGAGGAAUAGGUUAUUCGACAAAGAGCUCAUUGUAUCCAGUUUAACAUCCAUUGCCAGAAUGCAUGCAUCCUCUCUGUUAGUGGAAGCACGUUUUGGAAAGUCUUUGAAGAAAAUGUAUCCACAUGCUUUCGUUGAGAAUGCUUUCUCUGAGACUGGCAAGACUAAAAUGUGGUUUCAAGUAAGUGUGAAUGCCAUAGUUGCUGUAGCUAAACACCUUGGUCUGGAUGCCAGUAUGAUACCAAAAGCUUGUGAAGAAGUAUACGCAGCCUUAGAAAUGUCAGCUACAAAAAGAAAUGUUAUUAGUCAUGGAGAUUUAUGGGGGAAUAAUCUGAUGUUCAGUAACACAGUACCUCCCAAGUGUUUUUUGGUAGAUUUCCAGCUAAUAAGAUAUUCUCCUCUGGCGCACGACGUGAUACAAUUGUUGUAUCUUUGCGCUGAUCGUGAUUUUAGAGAAAAGUGGGAAGAGGCUAUGCUGAAGCAUUACUAUAGUGUGUUGUGUGAAACACUGACCUCAGCAAAAUCAGUUUCUGUGCAAGUUCCAUCUUGGUCAGAAUUAGUUGAAGGGAUGGAAGAGCAGAGAUUAUGUGCUCUAAUCACUGCAGCUAUAUAUUUCCAGACUGUGUUAUUGGAUGAAAAAGUAGGUGCAGAAAUUAUGAAUAAUUCUGACAGUUAUCAUGAGUUUGAAUUUGUAAAUAGAAACGAAACAGUGCUUAAAAUAAUGAAAAUUGAUCCGGUAUAUAGAAAACGAUUAUCAGAAACUGUUACUGAAUUGGUUGAGUUCAGUUUCCGAUUAGAUAAAUUACCAAAACCGACAUAACGUUAUGAAAUUUUUUAUUACAUAAUAACAAGUUUUCUUACUCACACUUUAUGACAAAUUUUUUAUUUUAAAAUUUAAAUCACAUUGUAUUAAUUAAUCGUUACAUGGUGUUCCACUGUAUGUACAUUAUUUAUAUAUGGACAUUGUUCACAAUAAAGUAAUAUCAUAAAUAGAAUUUAUGAAAUAAAAGUUGUUCUUUCUUGUUUCUGUAUUCGUUUAAAUAA